GAGAAGCGUGCCCGCGCAAAAUACUUUUGCAUCCCACUCUGAUGGAGCCCUCCUCUCUCUCUCGCGGCUCCAAACGCCUGCAAGCCGGUACAAUCUCUAGAAUCCAUCUCGAGAACUUCAUGUGUCACAGCAUUCUCGACAUCGACUUGGGAGAUUUUGUUAAUUUCAUCACCGGUCAAAAUGGGAGUGGAAAGAGCGCAAUUUUAAUGGCACUUUGUGUAGCAUUCGGCUGCCGAGCUCGUGGUACGCACAGAGCGAACACUCUUAAGGAUUUUAUCAAAACUGGCUGCAGCUAUGCACUUGUUCAAGUUGAGAUGAAAAAUCAAGGUGAAGAUGCUUUUAAGCAUGAAUUGUAUGGAGACGUCAUCAUUGUGGAGCGUAAAGUUACAGACUCUGAUAGUGGAGGCAUCACAUUAAGAAACAAUCAAGGUAGGAAAAUUGGCACCAAGAAAGAGGAUCUUCGUGAGCUUGUAGAAUACUUUAAUAUUGAUGUAGAGAAUCCAUGCACAAUCAUGACACAAGACAAGAGUAGAGAAUUUCUGCAUUCAGGCAAUGACAAAGACAAGUUCAAGUUCUACUUCAAGGCAACACUUCUUCAACAAGUGGAUGACCUACUAAACGGUAUUGACAAGCAGCUACAAGAUGCAAAUGGCCUGAUUAGUCAUUUGGAAGAUUCCUUAAGGCCGGCAAAGAAGGAACUUGAUGAAUUACAGGAAAAGAUAAAAAACAUGGAAGUUAUGGAGGAGAUGUCACAACAGGUGCAGCUAUUAAGAAAGAAACUAGCUUGGUCGUGGGUAUAUGAUGCUGAUAGAAAACUUGAUGCGCAACAUAAGUUGAUUGACAAGCUAAAAGGAAGGAUACCUAGCUGUCAAGCGAAUAUUGACCAGAAUCAUCACAAGAUGGAAGAACUGAAUGAUCGAUUGGCAACAAAGAAAAAUGAAAUAUCAAAUAUGAUGGAAAGAACAUCUGAAGUUAGAAGAAUGAAGGUGGAUCUGCAGCAAAGUCUUUCUAUGGCUGUGAAGGAGCAGCUCGAGCUAACUGGGGAACAAGAGCGCAUAAAUAGGCAAAUUGCAAAUAUGGUUAAACAGGUCAGAUCACUCGAGAGGCACAUUCAGGAAAUGAAUGAGCAGUAUGACAAAAAUACACAGGCUGAAGAAAGUGAGAUGGUGGAAAGGCUUAUGGAGCUUCAAGUUGAAGUUGAGGAAGCCAAUGUCAACAUUCAGAGAUCGAAGGAAGAGGAGGAAAACAUGAGGCAAAGGAUAGCAUUGGUAGAAAAUGAAAUACAGCAGAUUUACUAUCAGAUUGAAGAUGUCGAGAAAAGCAAUCGUGAUAUUGCCUCGCGGAUACGUGAAAUCCAAAUGCAUCGAAGAAAUAAGGUUACUGCAUUUGGAGGUGUUCGGGUAACUAAUCUCUUACAGGCGAUCGAGCGGAAUCAGCAUAAAUUUAGUAUUCCACCCAUUGGUCCUAUAGGCGCCCAUGUGGAAUUGGAACAUGGAGAUCUGUGGGCUAUAGCUAUCGAAACUGCAGUUGGUGGGUUGCUCAAUGCUUUCAUAGUCACAGAUCAUAAAGAUUCUCGUAUCUUAAGAGCAUGUGCAAGGGAAGCAAACUAUAACCACUUACAGAUUAUCGUACAUGAUUUUAGAAGACAGAGGAUCAACAUUCCGAGGCGCAUGCUUCCGCAUACUAAUCAUCCCACUGCAUUGUCAGUUCUGCAUUCAGACAAUUCUACAGUACUUAAUGUUUUGAUUGAUACGGGUAAUGCUGAGAGGCAAGUGCUUGUCAAAGAUUAUGCAGUUGGUAAAACAGUUGCCUUUGAUCAAAGGAUACCAAACCUCAAGGAGGUUUACACAAUGGAUGGGUACAAAAUGUUUUACCGCGAGUCAGCCCAAACUAUUUUUCCACCAAAAAGAAACAUGAGGGCUGGCCGUCUCUCUGGUUCAUUUGAUGAUCAGAUUAAAUAUCUAGAGAGAGAAGCAUCAGAAACAAAACUGAAAGCCCAACAAGGCCGUGGACAGAAACGGGCCAUGGAGGAAGAGGUGAUUGAUCUUCAAAACACCUUAAGCAAUGUAAAGAGAAGGCGUAUCAAUCUGGAGCGGCAAUGUAUGUCGAAAGAAUUUGAGCUGAGAGAUGUAAAGAAAUUACUUUCAUCCGAAGCUAAUGCAGCAGAUGACUCUAAUCUGGAUGAGACUCGUCAAGAGAUAUCUAAACUGCAAGAUGAAAUACAAGAAAAAAUGUAUUUGCUAGAGAAGGUUCAGAGUCGAGUGAAUGAAGCAGGAACUAAAGCUAAAGAUCUUAAAAUGUCAUUGGAGAGUCUUUGUGAUUCGGCCAAGGCAGAAAUUGAUGCAUUAGCAGAAGCAGAGAACGAACUGAUGAUGAUUGAGAGAGAUUUACAAGAAGUCGAAAGGGUUAAAAAGCACUAUGAAGGAAUUAUGCAAACUAAAGUCCUUGCUGACCUAAAAAAUGCUGAGACUGAGUAUAGGGAGCUUGAGAAUAGCUGUCAGGAGAAUCGUCGCAAAGCAUCAAUUAUAAUUCCCGAGGAUGAGAUUGAGGCAUUAGGAUGCUUUAAGGAAAGCAAUCCUGAGAAUCUCAGUGCCCAACUCACUAGGUUGACCGAAAGACUUAAGCGUGAGACCCAAAGAUUUCCGGAAUCUAUUGAUGAUCUCAGAAUGUUAUAUGAGAAAAAAGAGCGGAAAAUAUCAAGAAAACUGCAUACUUACAAAGCCUCCCAGGAAAAAAUGGAAGCAUGUGAAAAGGCACUAAACUUGAGAAGGAGCAAAUUCAAUAGGAACGCAGCUCAUCUGAAACGUCAGCUGACAUGGCAAUUCAAUGGUCACUUGAAAAAGAAAGGGAUCAGUGGUCAAAUCAACGUUAGUUUUGAAGAUCAGACUCUCUCAGUAGAGGUAAAGAUGCCACAUGAUGCAUCAAGCAGCUCUGUUCAUGACACUAGUGGACUUUCAGGUGGUGAAAGAUCCUUCUCCACAUUGUGUUUUGCCCUUGCACUUCAUGAGAUGACAGAAGCACCUUUUCGGGCAAUGGAUGAAUUUGAUGUAUUUAUGGAUGCAGUAAGCAGAAAAAUCAGUCUGGAUGCUAUAGUGGAUUUUGCUUUGGCCCAAGGUUCCCAGUGGAUAUUUAUAACCCCCCAUGACAUUAGUAUGGUUAAAAAUGACGAAAGGAUCAAGAAGCAACAAAUGGCUGCUCCUCGCGGGUGACCAUUCAGAACUGCAACUUGUAUCGUAAAGUUCUGUCCAUUCUCAUGGUUUUUCUUUGAUUAUCUUUUUUCCAUCGGGUGGUCUAAGCUUUGUCUAUUGAAGAUUCAACUGUAGGUUUAACUGGGUUCGGAAAUUGCGCAGGUUUUGCCUACAGGUUCACUUAAUCAAUGAGUCAUGCUGACAAGUUGUUGGUGAACUUUUUUUCCAGAUAGUAUUAGUUUAGGCAUUUACUUUUCCUUAUUUGAUAUUUGCCAAUUUCCAGCUUUGAUCCAUACUGAGAUUUACAUCCCAACACAUUUUCUAUGAAAAUUUUAUGGUUUUAUAUGUUA